UCUAAAUACCCACCAAAUCCCUCCUCCAAACCCCAAAAUCUCUCUCUAAAUACAUUACUGUUGCAACAAUUUUAGACUAUUCAACAGAACAAAUUUUCAGCUGCCCCCCAAAAAUACUGGAAACUUUCACUCACCUCAUAAAAUUCAACUCUGCCUGUUUCAAGAUGCCGCCGGCAGCCGGCGUUGUUGCGAAUUCCGAUCGAGUUUCAUUUGGUAAUUCUAUGGUUAUCCCUACUGCCGGUGCUCCGGUAAUCCAACAACCUCCAAUGACGUCGGAAACAUUCGCUAAGGAUGCAAUUAUAGCGUGGUUCAGAGGUGAAUUCGCCGCUGCAAAUGCGAUUAUUGAUGCGCUUUGUAAUCAUAUCACUCAGCUGGAAGGCGACCGAUCGGAGUAUGAACCGGUUUUCUCCGCUAUACAUCGACGGAGACUGAAUUGGAUCCCGAUUCUUCAGAUGCAAAAGUAUUAUUCGAUUGCUGAUGUAACGCUUGAACUCCGUAAACUCGCUGCUAGAAAAGUGAGUGAUAGAGUCGAGGUCGCCGACGUGAAACAGAGCGAAGUAGUGAAGGAAUCGUUUAAUGAGAAGAUCAAUUGUCACGAUGAGUCGGAAAAUGCAGGCAGUGAGGUGGUGGAUGUAGAUUCAGUUAGAGAUGAUUCAAAUGGAUCGCCGGAAAGUGAGAUCACGGAUACAGGAUCUCAAGAAGUACAGCAUUUCCUGGAUUCUGAUGAAUUUUGCACAAACCAUGAAAACUGCGAGGCGAGGCAUGACCAGAUGAAGAUGACAAAGGGUUUUGUAUCAAAGGAACCAGUCAAAGGACAUAUGGUGAAUGUUGUGAGAGGUCUCAAGUUAUUCGAAGACGUUUUUACUACGAAUGAAAUCUCUAAAUUAGAUGACCUUGUGAAUGAACUUCGAGUUGCUGGUCAAAAUGGUGAACUCUCAGGUGAAACUUUUAUUCUGUACAACCAGCAGGUGAAGGGCAGCAAAAGAGAGCUAAUUCAGCUUGGUGCACCAAUUUUUGAGCAUGUAAAAGAGGACGCCGCAUGUCAGAAGAGUCACAAUGAGCCCAUUCCAGCCCUUCUGCAAGGUGUCAUAAACCACCUGAUUCAGUGGCAUCUAAUAUCAGAGAAUAGAAGACCUAAUAGCUGCAUCAUCAACUUUUUUGAUGAGGGGGAGUAUUCACAGCCUUUCCUGAAACCACCUCACUUGGAACAGCCAGUGUCCACCCUUGUCCUAGCUGACUCAAUGAUGGCAUUUGGGCGAACACUUGUAUGCGACAGUGAAGGGAACUACAAAGGCUCGCUUAUGCUUUCUCUAAAAGAGGGGUCUCUUUUGGUCAUGAGGGGAAACAGUGCUGAUAUGGCCAGACAUGCUAUGUGCUCGUCUCCUAACAAAAGAGUUACGAUCACGUUCUUCAAAGUCAGAACAGAGAUGGGAAACAACUUUUCAGAAGCUGCUCCUCUGACUAGAGCCAUGACCAUAUGGCAACCUGGUGUUCCAACACAAUAUGCAACUGCAAAUAGAGCACACAAUGGUUAUGAGCCAAUGGAUAUGAUCCCCAAAUGGGGGGGUGUUGUUCGAUCUCCGGUGGUUAUGCUGGCACCACUGCGUCCAGUAGUUAUGAAUCCCCGGAGGGCUCCUCGUGGUGGUACUGGUGUAUUUCUGCCAUGGAAUGGUGGAUCCAGAAAACCUGCAAAGCAUCUUCCACCGCGUGCUCAAAGAGGACGGUUCCUUGCACUACCUCCCCCUGGUGACUCGCCUAAAUCAGAGACCGCUUCAGAACCAAGUUUGGAUCUUGAUGGCAAAUCCCCAUAGAUUCUGCAGUUUGAAGUCUUUAAAUACCCUUUGUAGCUGAAGGGGCUUUCUCCUACUGUGUACAAUGAGUGAGCAUGAAUUUGCUUUCUUUUUCUUAUGGUGUUUCAAAGGUUUUCCUUCUCUUUUUUAUUUACGUAGAGACUAGGCGUUGGCUGCUAUACCUGUUCACCUAUGUGAUAGGCUUUAGAGAUUACUGAGCUUAGGUAAAUGGAGUGUAUAUUAGCCAAACAACAGGCUGAAUUUUGUAUUAAAGUUUUCAUUUUUACACCAAUCUCUUUUAAGGUCA